CUGCUGACAUCAUGAGGCCAACACCAGCCUGACACGCGCUCGGAAUCUAUAUAAGCAGCGCAGCUGUCAAGCGUCGGGCACUUUGCGCUCAGGACGACUCGCUGAUUUCAGGGAUUACAGAAGCAGAAGAACAGAAGCAACGAUGGCUCAAGCUUGGGGAUACGCAGCCGAGAACGGACCAGACAAGUGGGCAGAUAAUUUCCCGGUGGCUAACGGACCACGCCAGUCUCCCAUUGAUAUCGUCCCCGGAGAGGCGACAUACGACGCCGAGCUGAAGCCCCUCAACAUCAAGUACGACCCCUCCAACACCUUGGACAUUCUCAACAACGGACAUUCCUUCCAAGUGACCUUCGUGGACGACGCGGACAGUUCGACUCUGACCGACGGACCCAUCUCUGGCGUCUACCGGCUCAAGCAGUUCCACUUCCACUGGGGAGCCGCCGACGACAAGGGCUCCGAGCACACCGUGGCCGGAGCCAAGUUCCCCGCCGAGCUCCACCUGGUCCACUGGAACACCAAAUACCCCAGCUUCGGCGACGCCGCCAGCCAGGGCGAUGGCCUCGCUGUCGUCGGAGUCUUCCUGCAGAUCGGUGCUGCGAACCCAAACCUCCAGAAAGUCAUUGAUGCUUUCGAUUCCAUCAAAGCCAAGGGGAAGCAGACUUCCUUCGCCAACUUCGAGGCCGCUUCCCUGCUGCCGUCCUCCCUGGACUACUGGACAUACGAGGGCUCCCUCACCACUCCUCCUCUGCUGGAGAGCGUCCAGUGGAUCGUUUGCAAAGAGCCCAUCAGCGUCAGCUCCGAGCAGAUGGCCAAAUUCCGCACCCUGCUCUUCUCCGGCGACGGUGAGGAGGAGCGCUGCAUGGUGGACAACUACCGCCCCCCGCAGCCUCUGAAGGGCCGCGCCGUCCGUGCCUCAUUCCAGUGAAGAGCCCUCCCCCCCCUUCCCUUCGCCCUUCUCCACCCCCUCCACAUCAGUCACCUCGCACAUGAGGACGCACACA